AUGCCCAUAAAUCAACCAUCGGGUCAAAUCAAGUUGACGAAUGUGUCACUUGUUAGAUUGAAAAAGGGAAAACGGCGUUUUGAGGUCGCAUGUUAUCAGAACAAAGUACAAGAUUACAGGAAGGGCAUCGAGAAAGAUCUGGACGAAGUACUUCAAAUCCAUCAAGUGUUUUUAAACGUUUCGAAAGGAUUUGUAGCUCCAAAAGAUGAGCUGAUCAAAGCAUUCGGCACCUCAGAAAACGAUGUGAUUAUCAAAGAGAUUCUUGAUCGUGGAGAAAUCCAACUUUCAGAGAAAGAACGACAACUUAUGAUCACUAAGAUCAAUAACGAAAUGUUGACCAUUAUAAGCGCCAAAUGCAUCAAUCCCAAAUCAAAGAAACGGUAUCCACCUACCAUGAUCCAUAAAGCUCUCACGGAACUCAAAUUCAGUGUUGUUUUGAAUCGGCCUGCCAAGACUCAGGCGCUCGAAGCAAUCAAAAUUUUGGUGAGCAGUCAAAUAAUACCAAUCACGCGUGCCAAGAUGCGUGUUAAAAUCGAGUUACCAACCGCAGACCACGACGACGCAGUCGACGACUCCGUCGUGGCCCAGGUCAAACGAUUGCUCACCACAUCCGUACAUAAUGAAUCCUCGACCACGAUUUGGUCUUGUACGGCCUUGAUAGACCCAGUCAGUUAUCGUGAACUCGUUGCAUUGUGCGACAAGAGAGGGACACUCCAGGUACUGGACAUGGCCGUGAUCGACGAGGCAAAAUGA